ACGCAUGUCCAAUUUCUAUUUUUUUUUAUGUGCUGAGCAUGAUGGGAAAUAGAGGUAACGCAUGGGAAUUUUGAGUCAUAAACAAAGAUUCAUAUUAUGUUUUUGAAGUUGUAUUAUAAGUUGCAGUUUUAUUUUCUUGUUGUUUUGGGAUGCUAGAAUUGUAUUUAGCAUCUUUAGAAGCAGAUAAGCAUAUUCCCAAAAAAGAGAUCUUCUGUUCUAAGUGGAAAACAGGGAUAACACUUCACGCUCACCAGAUGAGGCAAUGUUGUCGAAAUAAAUCAUAAACCAUUAUGACAAGCCGUAUUAUUUCUGGUGACCCGUGAAACAUUUCGACAACACUCAGGAUGGGGCUCAGCGACGAGGAGCCUCAGCACGGCAGCAUGGAGGGCUCUGCUGCUUCGGUAGACGGUUGGAUGAAGAAUCAGUCAAAAAGGGCUAAGCAGCAUAGAGGAACUGCCAAAGGAAAGUUAACACGUAAGCUAGAAAAGUUUUAUGAGCAUGUGAAAGAUAAAGUUGCCUUAGAAAUAUUGGAAGAUAACUAUAAUUUGAUUGUUAAAGCUUUUGAGGAAGUUGAACUAGCAAAUGAAAGUUAUUGCAAUUUACUUGAUGAAACUAGUGAUACUCAAGAAUUAAAGUCUGCAGACAUUUACAUUAAGGAACUUGACGAUAAGAAAUGUGCUGCCCAUGUUUUGUUUGUAAAGAUUAAAGAUGAGAUAUCAAAGAUUGGGACCAUACAAGACUGA